AUCACAAGUUUCACUCAGGAAUAAACAUAUCGCCUGUAACCCGUCCUCAAACUAUCGGUUACAAGAAAGAACAACGGCCUGACACAACCAUGGACUUGGGCAAGGAACCUUCAGAAUUGAAUAGACAACUUUAUCCAGAUAUAGAGCCUUACAGUUCAGGUCUUUUGAAGGUUUCGGAUCUCCAUUGCAUCUACUGGGAGCAGUCAGGGAAUCCUGAUGGGCAUCCAGUCUUGUUUCUUCAUGGAGGGCCAGGAGGAGGAACCUCACCUAAUAACAGAAAAUUCUUUGACCCUGAAUUCUAUCGGAUCGUUCUGUUUGAUCAGAGAGGUGCUGGUAGGAGUACUCCACAUGCUUGCUUGGAGAACAACACAACAUGGGACCUCAUUGAUGAUAUUGAAAAGCUAAGAGAACACUUGGAAAUUCCAGAAUGGCAGGUUUUUGGUGGGUCAUGGGGAAGCACAUUGGCUCUUGCUUACAGCCAAUCACAUCCUGAAAAGGUUACUGGAUUGGUUCUUCGAGGCAUUUUUCUGUUACGGAAGAAGGAACUGGAUUGGUUUUAUGAGGGUGGUGCUGCAGCUAUAUUCCCUGAUGCUUGGGAGCCCUUUAGAGAUCUUAUUCCGGAAAAUGAAAGGGGCUGUUUCAUCAGUGCCUACAGCAAGAGAUUGAACUCCGAGGAUAUGAACACACAAUUUGCAGCAGCUAGAGCCUGGACCAAAUGGGAAAUGAUGACUGCCCAUCUUCUUCCAAAUGAAGAAAACAUAAAAAAAGGCGAUGAUGACAAAUUUUCAUUGGCAUUCGCAAGAAUCGAAAAUCAUUACUUUCUGAACAAGGGAUUUUUUCCUUCAGAUUCAUUCCUGUUGGACAACAUUGAGAAGAUAAGGCAUAUUACAACUAUAAUCGUACAGGGAAGAUAUGAUGUUUGCUGCCCAAUGAUGUCAGCAUGGGAGCUUCAUAAAGCAUGGCCUGAAGCAGAAUUAAAGGUCAUCCCGGAUGCAGGGCAUUCGGCCAAUGAAACAGGGAUAGCUGCUGAACUAGUUGCUGCAAAUGAGAAGCUUAAGAACAUUGUGAAGACGGAUCAGACCCUCAAGUAGCCAGUGGUGUGAAUGUGAGACAAUUUGCUGAUGCCUGAUUAUCUAGUUAAAAGGUUUGAGCAUAGCAGAGGACACAGAUUCACAUUAGCUGAUCCAUGUUCCAAGACAUUUUUCUGAUGGUCUGGUCCAGAUUAGUGUAGUUGCCCGUUGCAACAAAGGGUUGUCAAUAAUGAGGUUAACUAAUAUAGUAACCA